AUGGGCUGCUGGAACACAGCGAGAGAGAGAGAGACAGAGAAAGAAGAGUGGAGAGACAGAGAGAGAGAAAGGGAGAGAAGAAAGGGACAGAGGGAUAGGGGUGAGGACGACAGGGAGCCGGAGUCUUCUGAUGGGGAUUCGGCCAGUGGACGGAGGAAUACAAACCAAGGCAGCUCAGAGGCUUGGAGGGUGGACUAUAUUGAAGACAACAGUCAAGGCUGCUUGGGAAACCCUGAACUGGCAACUGAGACUGUUCACAAAGUCACUUCAGUGGAUGGCCCCAGAAGUGGAGGCCAGAUGGAAAUUGGGUCACAUGACCGCCUCCAGGAAGGCGCACUGAGCCUGGAACUGGCCAAUGGGGUGAAUCGCUACCCUAAUGAUGAUGAGGCGUCUAUAGAAAGAGAGCAGCAGAGGGCAGGAAGUGUGCCUCCAAGGCAAAACUGGGUGCCAGGACAUGGCAAGGUCAGUGACACCCAACAACAGCAGUCAUGUUGGAGCAGCAGCAGUGGUACAACCUCCGGUGUACCUGUCCACCAUGCAAAUGUGGAGGAUGCUCAAAAUCUGGUGGCUUUUUCAGCUAUUGCGGGUUCCUUGCCUCCUUCCUCCUCCUCCUCCUGCCUCCUCGUGCAGCCUAAUACUGCCCAGCUGUAUGAGAAGUUCACUCAGGAGACAGGUGCUGGGGGAACUCAUGCCAGACUCUCUGCAGGGGCUCCUGAGGGAAGCUGCCAGCCUCCAGAAAACCUGGACACCCUACAGUCAGCACUGAGCCAAGCCAAACAUGGACACAAGCCCCCUAACUGCAACUGUGAUGGGCCUGACUGUCCAGACUACCUUGAGUGGCUGGAGAAGAAGAUUAAGCUAGCAACCAGUGAGGAUCAAACCUCCCAAAAAACGUCUGAUGCUUCUCCACACUUACAGCCUCAUCUACAGCAAUCCCAUUUGCAGAAUCACACUCAGCCCUCCCAACAGGUGAAUGGUGGCCACCAUCUGUCUACUUCAUGCUCCCAGCAUCAACAAGCAACUCAAGGCUCUCACCCAAACCAAGUGCCCUGCUCCAAACCUCCAAUUCCCUGCUCCCCCCAGGUGCUCUCCAUAGCCAAGGAAAAGAACAUCAGUCUUCAGACAGCCAUUGCCAUCGAUGCCCUGACCCAGUUAUCUGGUACCAGUCCACAAGCUGCCGGUCCUCCAGGUCAAACCAAUUACAAAAGUCACCUCCAUCACCACCAACAUACUCAGAACAUCAUAUCACAGCCUUCUAAUGGCACUGGCUUGAUUCCAUCAUCUCCUGGCACCCACUCAUCUUCCUCACGCUCUCAGUCUGUCCCUCCAGGACUACACACCAGCCAGCAGGCAUCAUGUGAACACCACAGACCCCAGUCCCAGGGCCAGCCACCCCAUGCUACCCCUCUCCCAUUCUCUACCUCUCCUUUCCCACGUCAGGGAAAACCUGAAGGCUUUAGCCCUAGCCCCCAGCAAUGGCAGCAAGGCUCAGGCAGAGGCUCUGAACAGAGGAAUCCAUGGAUGUGUAUGAAAUCUGAGCCCCAGUCUCACUUUGCCACUGCACCUCACAGUAGCUCAGAUCCCAUGUCAGAGCUCAAACAGCUUCUUGGUGACACAAGUGGCAAGUUCAGCAAUGCUACUUUCAAGCUUCCAGUUGUACAGCAGCUUAGCUUGAACCAGAAUGGGGGUGUCCAGACACAGGACAACCCAGCAUUGGCCAGGAUAAAACAAGAGUCAGACUCUGGUGAGCACUACCAUCACACUGCCUCCAUGGGACAGUGUGGCAUGGCUAAUGGUCAGCAGCAGGGUCAGCACUACCCUGGCACUCCCCUGUCUCCGGGCCAAGCAGCCAUCAGCCACUCCACUCAGGCAGCUCUGCAGCAGCACCUUCACUAUAAGAGGAACCUCUUCUCUAACCACUCCUCUGGCUUUGGAGCACCAGGCCCGCAUGCACCUCUGGCUUGCCAAAACUUGAAGAAAUGGUGGCCACAGAUGGAUGCAGAAAGUUUGUCCCAUCUGGCCAUCAAACAGGAGCCCAAGGAACCCAAGAAGAAAAAAAACAGCCAAGGAUCUCCCGUUAUUAAAGCUAUGAGUGGAAUGCUUAUAGGCCCUCCCCUUCCUAAACCUAAACAGAUAAUCAUCAAGAAGACCAAGCAGAAAGCCUCCAUGCCAACCUUCCUGCCUCAGACUCAGAUCACCGUACAAAAACCACCGGUCCUCAUGAUGGACAGAGCUCCAGCCCUUACCAGCCUGCAAACAGGUCCUCUCCCCUCUCUGCCCUUCCACAGUAACUCCACUCAGGCUGCUGCAGCAGGCCUCCCUGCCCCAGCCCAAUCUCAGGUAUCCAUUUUCAACUCCUUAAUGACUCCCUCCUCUGCCAUUUCUGUUUUGUCAGAAAACACUCCAGCUCUCAUCGGUGCUCUGCCCCCACCUGUGGCUCCUGCAGCCCAUGUUAGGUCAGAAGGAGCAGGCAGCCUGGCCUCCAGUAACACCAGCACCACCACACCUGUGACCUCCACAUCUCCAUCCAGCACCUCAAGAUUACAGAGUCUCAUCAACAUAGACCCGAAAUAUGAAGAGUUAAUCCGCCAGUUUGAGGCUGAAUUUGGGGACUCAGCCCCAGAUGCACCUGCCAGUCAGCCCAUGGAGGAGACUGCUUCAACCCCUAAGCCAGGUAUUCAAUCCCUGAUCAGUCCUAAGGACCUUAGUCCCACGUCAUCAUUCACAUCCCAGUCAGUUCUCUUAAAUUCCACCACUCAAGCCAGCUCCACACCUCAUUCAGACCACCCGGAGAUGGAAGUCAACAAGGAUGAGUCAGGGACCCAAAGUAAAGCAACCUUGAGCCAGACACUCACAGAAAACCGUAAUGACAAGCAGCAUGAGGGAGCCUUUCCUAUUUCUCUGCAUCAAGAGGCCAUUCUGGACAAGCAGCAGCAGUCUAGAGUGUUGGAGGAUACAUUCAGCAUGCCAUGUUCCCCACUGCCUAAACGCAUGAAGAUUGAAGCCUCGGGCGAUAUAGCAGUUCUGUCUACAACAUGCUAUUCUGAGGAAGACACACCGACUAAGGACAGUCUGCCCUCCUCUCCAUCGCUCAAAGGCUUUCUAGAGUCUCCUUUGCGCUACCUGGACACCUCCACCAAGAGCUUGCUGGAUACUCCUUCAAAGGAUCUACAGGCAGAGUUCCCCACCUGUACCUGCGUGGAACAAAUCCUGGAGAAAGAUGAAGGCCCGUACUACAAUCACCUGGGAUCUGGACCUACUGUAGCCUCUAUACGAAGCCUGAUGGAGACAAGGUAUGGUGAGAAAGGAGAAGCCAUCCGGAUUGAGAAGGUGGUGUAUACAGGCAAAGAGGGAAAGAGCUCACAUGGAUGUCCUAUUGCUAAGUGGGUGAUCCGUCGGAGCAGUGAGACAGAGAAGCUGCUGUGUGUGGUGCGUCAUCGUGCAGGCCACCACUGUGCCAAUGCUGUCAUCAUUAUCCUCAUUAUGGCCUGGGAAGGUGUCCCGAGGGGCCUGGCUGACAAGCUGUACCGCGAACUCAGUGACACCCUCACCAAAUAUGGCAACCCCACCAGCCGACGCUGUGGCCUCAAUGAUGAUCGUACCUGUGCCUGUCAAGGCAAGGACCCUGAAAGUUGUGGUGCUUCCUUCUCCUUUGGGUGUUCCUGGAGCAUGUACUUUAAUGGCUGUAAGUACGCCAGAAGCAAAAUGCCGCGCAAGUUCAGGUUACAAGGAGAUCGCCCUGAAGAGGAGGACAAACUCAGGGAUAACUUCCAGAAUCUGGCAACUGAGGUGGCUCCGUUGUACAAGCGUCUGGCUCCACAGGCUUACAGUAACCAGUGUCAGUCAGAACACAAAGCUCCAGAAUGCAGACUGGGCUUAAAAGAAGGUCGUCCAUUCUCUGGAGUCACUGCUUGUAUGGACUUCUGUGCCCACGCUCAUAAGGACCAGCACAACCUCUACAAUGGUUGCACAGUGGUGUGUACUUUAACGAAGGAGGAUAACCGCACUGUGGGGGAAAUCCCUGAGGAUGAGCAGCUCCAUGUGUUGCCUCUUUAUACAAUUUCCCUUACUGAUGAGUUUGGCAAUGCAGAGGCCCAGCGCCUCAAGAUGCAAACAGGUGCUAUCCAGGUGCUUCAGGCUUUCCGUCGUGAGGUACGAAAGUUGCCCGAACCUGCCAAGUCCUGCCGACAGCGCCGACUGGAGGCUAAGAAGGCAGCCUCAGAGAAGAAGAAAAGUAAACUCAUGCAGCAGGCAGGGGAGACGCCGGAGAAAACAGUUGUCAAGAGUGUCUGCAUCACCAGUUCCCCUCAACCCCAAGGCAAUAAAGCAAUUAUAAAACAAGAAGUGAAGCCCAAUAUCAAGAUGGAACCAUUUAACGGAUCAGUAGAUGGAUACCCUGUGCAGGCAGCAGACCCAUUCAGUAACAUCUAUCCACACCCUGCCUACUAUGCAAGGGGAGGCCUCCCCCCAACUGGCCAGCCCUCUGCACCUGAAGCAGUAAAGGCUUACCACCCCACUCUGCCCGCUAUGCCCUAUGGUUACUAUAACUUCCCGCCCAAUGCACUUUUCCCCCCUAAACUGAGGACCUACGAGGGUCGCAAUGGCUCUAAAGUCGUCCAGGUAGACAAGAAGCCUGACAUUCAGAGCCUUCAGGCAAAACUGGCCCAGUCCUGCCCCAGCCACCCAGAGCAAACCAGCCAACCAAACCACAGCACUUAUACCCAGUCUGCAGACUACAACCAGUCCCGUCCUUCCUCUGUCUCCUCUGAGCCCUCCAACAGAGGCACUCCAGUCAUCAAACAGGAGCCUAUGGAUGUUCCAGUCUAUGAAGGCACAUUGCCGAGCCAGUCUGGUGUCAACACAGGGAGAAUCACCCCUCAGCCUGUGGCCUGGCCAGGACACAAGAUUAAUGGAAGUAUUAUUCCUACCACCUGGGAUGGGCAUCUAAACCGCAAACAAAGUCCUGAGGCCUCAUCAUUAAACCCGGACAAGCAGCAAUUUCACCAGCAUCCUCAGCAGCGGCAGCCCUCUCCUUACUCCCAGCAGUGGACAUCCUACCCGGGUUCAAACCCCAUGAUGGUUUCCCCAUCUCCAUCACCUUCAGUCCAGGUACCUCUUUCUCCAUCUCCGUCCCCUCACCUAGGCACAGCGCUCCAGGCUAACAUACACCAAGGCUCCCCACGCCCUGCUACCCCCCGGCCAAGCACCCCUCACACAGGUCCACUACAGCCUGUCAGCUGUCACUCAGGCUCAGUUACCCCACAGCCAGGCACCCCAGGCCCAGGCACCCCCCGGCCAGGCACCCCCAGACACUGGGCCAGCCCUGCUCCUAGUCCUCAGCCAAAUGCUUGGGCAAUGGGGCCUGCAGCAUACAGUCCUGUUUUGAAGCACAGCAAUCCUGCAGGAGCGUACCCUGAUAAGAUCUGGUCCAAGACUGGUGAGAGUCGAUGCUCCACUCCCCUUGGGCUUCAAGAAAAGGCCUGGAAGUCUUGUGGUGGUUCAGUGGCAGGUAGCACCCCGUCCCCUGCCCCCGAGGGACGCCUCUUCCCGGAUGCCCUGCAGCAGUCAAAUCAGGCCUGUUGGGACCCCAGCCAAGCUGAGAGUGACACUGAGAGCACCAAGCACCGUGAAGAGGAUGAGGAUGAGGUGUGGUCUGACAGCGAGCACAACUUCCUGGAUCCCAACAUUGGUGGUGUAGCGGUAGCACCAGCUCAUGGCUCCAUCCUGAUUGAAUGUGCCCGUCGGGAACUACAUGCUACAACUCCACUCAAAAAGCCUGAUCGCUCCCACCCCACUCGCAUCUCCCUGGUCUUCUACCAGCACAAGAACCUCAACCAGCCCAUGCACGGCCUGGCUCUGUGGGAGGCCAAAAUGAAGCUGCUGGCAGAGCGAGCGCUGCAGAGGCAGCAGGAAGCAGCUCUCCUUGGCCUCUCCCAGGAUGACAUCAAAACGCUCGGGAAAAAACGCAAAUGGGGAGCUUCAGUGGCAGGUGCCAGUCCAGGACCUGGACAAUCUAAAGACAAGAAGGAGGGGCCAGUGACACGGGUAGCCCCCACAUUCAACACCACCUCUCUGGUUACUGUGUCUCCCUAUGCCUUCACCCGCCUCACUGGACCCUACAGCCACUUUGUCUGAGGCCAGACAGACACAGACAGACUGAUAGCUACGGAGUGGUGCAGUGGAGGGCUGGAGAGAGCAAUGAGCAGGAUGAAUGUCUCUCAGCCACCCCGCAGUCUGGCAUCUCUCCAUCCUGCCCCCCUCCACGGUCCACUGGGAGGAGGGGACAUUUUUAUUGUUUUUACCUCAUGUCAGGCAGUGGUCUGGGCUUCAGACACACUGCCUGUGGUGCUCUUCCUCUCUCUUCCCUGGAGAGGAACUCCAUUGCUUUUUCUUGUUUAUGGAAUUUUAAUGAUCUAAUUAUUGCUAUUGUUAUCAAUAUUAUUAUGAUUGCUAUUGUUACUGUCAAUGUUGUUAUUACAGGUAUUAUUAUAAUGAAGACUUGUUUGUUUUUUUAUUAUUGCUGUUUUCAUUAAUGUUAUUAUUAAUGAGGUGAUUGUUUUUGGUUAUAUAUUUUUUUAAAUCAAUCAGUCUGAGUCUGACAUACUCAGACAGUUGCUUUUUCCAUGUUUGGAAAAUGUGUACCCUUUUUUUUGAUUUUCUUUGUUCUUGUCAAUCUUUAAGCUGUACUUGGAGGAGGAGCCAUUAUCUGCUUGAUAAGACAACAAAUCAGUGUUACAAUAAUCAUAAUCAUGGCUGUAUACAAAAAAUCAGACUUGGAAUAGAUAUCUAUUUCUAUAUUGACAAUAUACAGAUAUCUGUCUCUAACUUUAUAAAAACCAGUUUAGGCCCUCUGAAGGAUCAUUCAUUUUAUUUUUUUUGUUUUGGCCAUCAUGAGGACUGUGUUCAAAUUUUCUACCAGCAUCAUUAUUGUCUAAUAACAGACGGUGGUCUGACUGCUAACUGCUAUUAUAUAUUAUGAACAUUGUCUACACAAAUACAUAGCAUGUAUGUCAGAUGAUCAGACGUAAUGCAUUGAUGCAAUCCUUCAUACCUUUUUUAUGUGGCUAAGUAGACUGAAAAAAUCUGUUCAGUUGGAAACAAUAUGAUAUUCUUUGUACACAGCAGAAGUGCAGUAGUUGCUUUCAGCUGUUAGCAGUUUGCAAGACUAAAACUGUGCUCUAAACAUAUGAACAAAACUAAUCGUCAUGAUGUAAACAUUAAGAAAAUGAUGUCCAGGUUGAUAACAGCUGCAUUUAAACCACACUGAGAGAAAACGCUGCUGCUUGUCUUAUCGUUUGAUGAUGCGCUCCUCCUACUCUUCCACACCCCUCCAGCUUUCGACUGGUGCUCAGCUUCCGGCUCUGACCGAUUUUCAUUCCGCUACUCUUCAUGGCACUUGUUGCUGUAUUUAGGUGCUCUAAGCCAAAUUUGGCUCAAGUAGUAUUUGCAAGUAUAUUUUUUUUUGUUUUGUCUGAGGUGGGGUACCAGAAUGAUGGGAUAUAUUGUGUUAAGAGAUGGAGGCAGAUAAUGUAUUGUGCAAGGAAAACGUACCAUGAAUUAUCCUGCAAAUGCUUUCUCUUGCUUUUCAUGUUGUGCUGCAGGGGAAACUGUGGUUGUGUGGUAUCUGGUACCCCACAAAGGCAGGAAUAAGUCAUUUUAUUUGCAAAUGCCAUUUAACCCAGAUCUGCAAUUAUCACACAGAGAUGGAACAGGUGGCACUCUAUCUUCCUAUAACAUUCAAGUAGGGGUGAGCACUUCCCAAUGUAAACUCUAGAGGGCAGCAGUGACCGCCGUUUCAAAGCGGUGUGUACAAACAAACCUACAAGCACUUGAGAUCCAUGCAGAAGCCAGUAACCCUCUGCAUUGCUGCUUUAACCACCCAUGGCCAGUAGAGGGGGAUCUCAUACCUUGUAUGCUGAUCAUGGAUGGGAGUCAAGGCAGAUCCUUGUCCCAUUGAGGCACAAAUGUGAAUGAAGUGUGGCGAUGCCUUUGGGAAGCCCACCCUGUGUUAGAGCAGAGGGAAACAGUGUUGGAACAGCAGUGCUUUUGGUGCUCCUACACACACUCUGGUGCUCUCCUAUUACACUUGAUUUACUGUGAAGGGCCCACUUCUUCCUCUGCAUGGUGCUGUCAUCUUCGAGCAGAGCGAAGUGUGACCUUCUGUAGGCACCUUGUCACCAUGGAGCCAGCCAAUCAAAGUGGCCGCCAUGUGGUUGCAGCUCUUUCUUGGGCCCAACAACUGGUUCCUUUUGAGCAGUUUUUGCAGUUUAUUGUGGCAUAGAGUGGUUUUGUCUCAAACAAAGUACACUGUACAGGGCAGAGAAAGCACAGUCAUUCAACACAUUUCUUGUGCACCCAUUAACAGUGCUUUUCACAGAGAAAACAAUACUGAGAGAUAAAGGGAAACCUUAGUAUAGUACUGUCACUGCUGGGAGUCGGCACCAAAUGUAAAGAUAUCAAAUCAAUGAAUCUCUCACUUUGUGUGUGUGAGUGUGUCAGAAAAUGACACAAAUGGAUGAUUGUGUAAAAGAGAAGAGCCAAAGAGAGAGAUGAUUUGAUAUUCAAGCUAGAAUUGCUGUUUUUUUUGGAUCACAUGGUUUACUUGCAACAUAUGUAGAAAAUAUAAUUGAGUGACUAAUAGAGGUCGACAGAAGCCGACUCCCAGCUGCUGGGUGGUUGUUUGAGUCAAGGCCCUGGUCAUCUGUGAAAGACCCUGUUACCGAUCCAGAGGGUCUCCAGCUCUCUACCUCACGCUGUAGAGACACUGGUCACAAUCACAACUUGCUACUGAGGACAUGUCUCUUUGUGUGCUCCAGAUCUCCACACUCAUUUUAACCUGCUUUUUAAAAAAAUCUUAUUUAUUACUACAUGGUGAUGAUGAUAAUGAUUGUCUUUGAUGUUAUUUUUUGUUUUUGUUUUUUUGUCUUUUUUAUAUAGCUAAUACAAAUUGUACAUAGAGAAGAAAAGAUUUAUAAAAGCACUUUUAAUCUUGAUUUUAAUGACAAAAAGAAAGAGCCGAUUAUUGACAACUUGAAGCUUAGGUUUUCGUUUAUGUUUUUUAGUUUUUAAUUUUCUCAAGAGAGAGAUAAAAAGUGUAAAUAUUAAACUAUUUAGGUAAGAUUAUUUAACUGGUGAGGAAAGUAACUAAACCAUGAAUGACAAGGGGGUAUUUUGAAGUCUCUGACAGCCCUUAACAACAGUAAACAACACUUGGUCCCAAUGUGUUGUGUGUAAAUGUGUGCUUAGUAACACUGCUGUUUUGCUUUCGUAAGUACUGUACCCCCUGUCAGCAUGUGGCUGACAGAACCCUGUCACUUUCUGAAAUUUAGUUCAUGAGCCCAAUUAUGUAACCUGAAACUGCACUCACCUUACUCACUGACCAAGGUCCAAAAAUAUGCAGGAUCCCCCUUGUGUUGCAGUUCUCUGGUUAAAACCUCACGUCUGCAAAUUAUUGAACUUGAAGAGUUUUAGAAAACCUUGGCAAUGAUGAAUUUAUUGGAAACUGUCUUUUAAACUCUUAUCAUAAAGGAAUACUGACAGCAAAUUUCUAUUUAGGUGUGAAAAAUACCAAAAUUUGUAAUGAUGUGGUUCUCAACAGCAGAUUCCAACUGUCAGUAAGAUAAGAACAAAUCUAAAUUGUUGUUUUAAGGAAUUUGACAUUUUGGGAAAUAUGCUUAUUUGCCACUUGUAUACCAGAAGCCAGUUAGCUUAGCGUAGCACAAAGACCAGACAGAUCACCCACAUCAUUUCAUUAACCCUGUAUUUACUUUGUUUAAAGGCCCCACUUAGUACCUAAUUUUAAUAAGAAAAUUUAAGUUUCCAAUAUCCCAAGAAUGUGUAUUUCAGGUUUCAAGUCAAAAUACUGCACAGAUCAUUCACACUAGUAUGCCUUUUAUGUUUGUAUUUUAGACCUGUUAAAUAUGGGCUAUUUCAGCGUUUGCAGCUUUAAAUCUAACUGAGCUGCUGCUGCCCACAUCUUCAACAGAAAGAGGGUUGUAGGUAAACCUUUCUCUGAAUCUACUCUGUUCAGUGAGCGGCAGAGAGGAGGAGGAGCCAGCUGGGGGCCGGUGCUAAUCCUGUAGUGGCAUCACAACAGGCUGCAAACCUGAAAAGCUCAUUUAGAGACACACUGAUUUAUGUAGAAGAAAGAGAAAGAAUACAUUUUGUGGCUGUCGUGACACACUUGGGACAGAUAGUUAUUUUCAAGAACAAAUAAAAACUGAAUUUUGCAUAAGAUGGUCCCUUUAAUCUAUUAAAAAAAAAACAAAAACAAAACAGAGUCUCAACACAUUAGAGCGAGCGAGUAGCUCAGGGGAUAAGAAGAGAGACUACCAACUGGAAGCUAGCAGGUUCAAGACCCACCACUGGCCUUUAUUUGGGGGCAGUGGUGGUGCAACAGUUAAGUCUCUGGACUACUGAUCAGAAGGUCAGAGGUUCAAGCCCCGACGCGGCCACUGUUGGACCCUUGAGCAAGGCCCUUAACCCAUCCUGCUCCAGGGGCGCUGUACUUUGGCUGACCCGUCACUCUGACUCCCCCAAUUUGGGAGAUAUGUGAAAAUCAGAAUUUCCCCUCGUGGGAUUAAUAAGGGAUAAUAAAUUAAGAUCUAUGUGGUGUUCCUUUCAAGAAGUCCCUGCUCACAGCCAACAAAAUCAUCUGGCACAUAAACUCCUGCAAAACACUGCUCUUUUCAGUAUGGAUUUUAAAAGCAAGCUUUAGAGGUGUUGGCAGGCAGAUUUUGUUACUUUUGAUUGUUUACUGUGUGUCCAGUCUUCAUGCUAAGCUAAGCUGCCUGCUAGCUGUAGCUUCAUAUUGAGCAUAGAGACAUUAAAGUAGUGUAUCUUCUCAUCAAAGUCUGAACAAAAAGUGAAUAAGUGUUUUCCCAAAAAUUUAAGUCUUCUUUUAAUAUUGAUUAUUUGGUCCUUGAUAAAUUCAGAUUUAUGUGUAGAACUGCAUCUGAGAGGUGGGAUGUGUCCGACCACACAGCUGCAGAGCCAGUCUGGUGGUGAAUCAGUGGGUGAUGUUGUUGUGAGUUAUAGCCCAGCAAUCUUUGUCAGUUGUGUUAGACUAUCAGGUAAGAGACUGCCUUCCUGCUUGUUUAGAUGUAUCUACCAUUAUUGUCUGCUCUAGCUUUCGUAAUAGCACAUGAUGGGUCGUGGUUAGCGCCUUGCAUGGCAGCUUCCGCCAUCAGUGUGUGAAUGUGUGUGUGAAUGGGUGAAUGUGAUGUAUAAUGUAAAGCGCUUUGGAUAUCGUUUCCGGUAUAGUAAAGCGCUAUAUAAAUACAGACCAUUUACCAUUUACCAUGGCAGAAAAAUCACGAUGCCCCUGCGGAAGACACCAGAUGUUUAGUUUGUAAUGAUAAUUAUUUAAAUGACACAUACAUCAUGGCUAACAGUAGUUUGACUGGUGCAGGGGCUGGGACUAGUACAGUAAGAGGGUCAAUAUACACGGCCCACAUUACACACACUUGCCUAAGAAAGGGUGCUGAGGAUACAGUGUACACGAUACCAACUUUGUAAAUUUCUAAAUGUCUCACAAGUUUGGUGGACGGUUCUCAUGAAAGGCACCACCUCCCAAGGACGUGCUGAGACAGGGUGGGGGUGGGUCGGUCAGCUGGUGCUAUGAUGCUAUACCUUGAAAUUCACUGUGUUAAAAAAAAAAAGAAAAUGAGGGAUAAAUGGUAACCACAGAUAUUUUUCUGAGCUCUUCGAAUGUCAAGAGAACUAUACUUUUGAUUAAAGCAGUUUCACGGGAUGGGAAGCUGCCCUGGUGCUGACUUCAUGAGAAGUCUUUUGUUACAACGCUACAAAUUUGCAUCUCUUUUUGAGGGCAGGAGGGCACUCAAACAGUUGAUUACAUUCUCUAUUAAUAUUCAUUCCAUAUUGUACUUGAAUUCAUUUAAACUAGGAUGAGAUAUAGAGUCAUAUUAUAUGAAGACUGUUAUCUGGGUUUCAUAUUUGGUACAGCGCAAGUACCAAAGGCUAUUAAAAUUAUCUUUUGAGUAUGUUGUACAUGUUCAUGUUAACCUAAUGCUAAGAUAUUUGAACAAUACAAGAACUGUGUGCUACCCCCCUCUUUCUAUUUGUGCACUUCCUUUACUCACCCACUCUUUUUCUCUUAAAUCUUGUAUAUUCUGUCAAACACACAAACAUAGAUAUACAUUUGCAUCUAACUGUGUAUGGCCCACUUUUCAAAAUUUAUGAACACCUGAUUUUAACGAACACUCUCCAAAUUUGGACUUGGACCCUGGCCCAUACAAAAAAAAAAAAAAAUAAUGAAAAUGAACCGACGCAACUGGCAGCUACAUUCCUCUUUGAGUUUUAGGAUUGUUCUUGGUUUCUUAUUUUUCAUGUCAAGGAUGCAGUAUGUAAAAAAAAUUGUGUUUUUGUUCAGUCUCUCUCUCUUUGUAGCUGUAUGGUGUAUUAUGUGAAUACAUAGUGUAUGUGGUAAAAACCCCACAAUAUUGUUUUAUGUUGCGCGAUAAAUAAAAAGAUUGAAGUGAAA